GAAUAUUCUACUUAACACGAGCAAUUCCUAGGAUAUACUUCACUAACAUUUGUGCAUAUAUUUAUAUAACAUACAUAAUAAAGUCAUCAGCAUGACAACGCAUGCAACACUCUUGCCAUCAUGCUAUGAAGAGAGCGAUUAUUCCACGCUCAAUCUGUCACUCACGACAGAUAUAUCGAACUGCAGCUCUUUUUGGGAUACCUCAAUUAAAACGGAAAAGAUAAUUGCAUAUCAAGACCCAACAUAUUAUUCACUGAAUUACCGUAUUAUAGGGACUAUUUUUCAAGGCGUAAUAUUUCUUGUAGGCGUGCUGGGUAACAUUAUGGUGGUAAUAGUUGUAACCAAAACUCGAAGCAUGCUCACCCCUACUAACUGUUACCUCGUCAGUUUGUCCCUAGCUGAUCUCUUGGUCCUGAUGGCUUCUGUACCUAACGAAAUCUUAUCUUAUUACUUACUAGGAGACGAGUGGAUCUGGGGUCGAGCUGGGUGUAUUAUCUUUAUAUUUCUUCAAUAUCUAGGGAUCAAUGCUUCGUCCCUGUCUAUCACAGCUUUCACGGUGGAACGGUACAUCGCCAUCUGCCAUCCCAUGAAGGCCCAGAUGGUUUGUACUGUCAAUAGAGCCAAAAAGAUCAUCAUCGGGGUUUGGGUGUUUGCCUGUCUCUACUGCUCCCCUUGGCUUUUUCUCACGAAGACUGUACCCAUCUAUUAUAAAGGACACGAGAACAUGGAGACCUGCACCUUUGCUCUAUCCAGAGAACAUUACUUGGGUUAUUUCUUUGCUGAUUUGGUGAUAUUCUACAUUUUCCCAUUGCUAUUGUCCUGUGUACUCUAUGGGCUAAUAGCAAGAAUCCUCUUCACUAACAGUUUGGGUGAAGACUAUGGGAAACGAAACGGAGUGAAAACCUCAGAUUGGAAGAAGACUAAUAAUAACAGUGCUCGAGUACAGGUGGUGAAGAUGUUAGCUGUAGUUGUAGCUGUAUUCGCUACCCUGUGGAUGCCCUAUCGAGUACUUUUGGUUUACAACUCGCUGGCUAAAGAACGCUACAUGGAACUCUGGUUCUUGAUGUUCUGUAAGACGAUGAUCUUCAUCAACAGCGCUAUUAACCCGAUUCUCUACAAUGCCAUGUCUGUCAAGUUUAGACGUGCUUUCAAGAAAGCGCUCUCUUGUGGAAGAACGAGACAAGAAACAGGGUUAGUGCCGUUUCGAAGUGUAGCCAUCACGACACGCGAAAACGUCGCUCAGAAGACAACUGAAGCUUGAGGAGUAAUCUUUCCUUCAAAAUAUAUAAUAUUUACUUGAUAUAACUGUUUAUUUAUUUAUUUUCGAUAUAUUAUCGGGCUCUUACCCUUAGGCUGUUUCAUUACAAUAUUGUCUUCUUAAUCAUAAUAUAUACUAAGUGUAGGGUACACAAAAUUUCGAUAAAUUGACAAAGAAACAAACAAAAAAAACCAGCUGUUAUUGAUCUGUGUUCUGAUAUUUCAGAAUUAAUAAAAUAUAAUUCCUCGAAUCACCUAUUAACUGACCUUUUUUACAAAAUAUUUAUUAUUUACAUAAUUGAAAUCCUCCGAAAUUCUGAACUUUUACAUAAAACUGAUUGUUAUACAUCAUUGUCACAUAUUGUAGUUAACUAUUUGGCCUUCAGAUAGCGUUUUACCUUAGAGAAAUGUAGGAGAUGUAAUUCGGAUAUACUUUGUAGACUGAAUAUUAUUCGAUGUUCAUUAGAAGUUCUCAAUGCUGUAAAUUGAAUUAAAACUAAAACAGUCGAAAUAAGGAAAUAAUUUUGGUAUUAUUACCUUUAAGAGCAGAUAAAAGGUAAUAUUGUUAAAUUGAUUGUUAUUGACGGUAUAAUCUGAACUUAUCUAUUGUUACGUCGUCCAAAUGUUAUGUAGA